CCUUCUGUUCCCAGGGGCCCAGAUGGGAUAUAAUUCAUGAUUCAGAUUUCAAAGAGAAAAGUUGUUUAUUGACGUAGCUAGUACUAUGGUUGGUUCAAUUUGGUUAAAGUUACUUCUCAUUCAUCAAUCUUCCCAGUUCAAAAUUGUUGAGUAUCACAAUACACAGAUACUCAUAAGUGAAGCCAGAAAACAAAGAAUCAGAAAUGAACAAGAGGGUAUAGAUGGAUAUAACACAACAAAGAUGAAAUGAUCCUUCUCCCAGAAGCUGCUACUUUUCCUAACAAUUCAUCUCUAAGCAUCAAUCUUUCUGCAGCAUCAUCACUCUUCCUUGGCACGUCUCUUCGUUCCUUUAGUCCAAUCAACUUCUUUUUUGACAAUCUUGGGUAUCUCUAGUGUCCUUGAAAUAUCAAUCAAGCUUAAUUAGAACUGUGACAAAAAAGAAUAUUUUUUCUUCAUUUUUAUUUAGCUAAAACUCCCCUAACCUUCCAAAUCAAUCUCUCACAAUCUUCAUUAUAAUGAAAAAAAUAAAGUAAAAUUUACUGAAGACAAUUCCAAAAGAAAAUUGUAUGAAAAGUUAGCAUACCUCUUUUUGCCUCAACCUCUUUCAUUUUUCUUUUUUUUCAAUUUUUAUUACUUAUGUGUGUCCUUAUAAAUUUAGUUCAUUAGGCAGACCAUACUUGGGGCAAAAAUAUCAAUCCCAAAAUUGAAUCAAUAAAAGGCAAACUUAAAU